CCGUACCGGGCCAGCCCCAGGGGCCCAGCUCGCGGCCAGGGGGAAGCGGCUGUUUUCGCAGCCCGUGCCGGGGGUGGGUCAGCGAGUUCCCGCUGAGGUCCCCGGGGCGGGGGCGCGGGGACCCCGGGGCUCUGCCCGCCGGGUUCGGGGCCGCCCCCACGCCGUGUUUCCGGGGCGUCCGAGGGGCUUCCUGCGGGGGGGCUGCGGCCGCCGCCGGCCCCGUUCUGCAUCCGGCGCGGUCCGGGCAGCCGCCGGGAUGAUCAACGCCGUCCUGGUGUUCAACAACCACGGCAAGCCGCGGCUCGUCCGCUUCUACCAGCACCUGGCGGAGGAGGUCCAGCAGCAGCUCAUCCGGGAGACCUUCCACCUGGUGCUCAAGCGGGAUGAGCACAUCUGCAACUUCCUCGAGUGCGGCAGCCUGUUCGGCGGCGCCGACUACAAGCUGAUCUACCGGCACUACGCCACGCUGUACUUCGUGUUCUGCGUGGACUCCUCGGAGAGCGAGCUGGGCAUCCUGGACCUCAUCCAGGUGUUCGUGGAGACGCUGGACAAGUGCUUUGAGAAUGUCUGUGAGCUGGACCUCAUCUUCCACAUGGACAAGGUUCACUACAUCCUGCAGGAGGUGGUGAUAGGCGGCAUGGUGCUGGAGACCAACAUGAACGAGAUCGUGGCGCAGGCAGAGGCCCAGAACAAGCUGGAGAAGGCGGAGCAGGGAGGCCUCUCGGCCGCUCCGUCCCGCGCCGUCUCGGCCGUGAAGAACAUCAACCUGCCAGAGAUCCCUCGCAACAUCAACAUCGGGGACAUCAACAUCAAAGUGCCCAGCCUGUCGCAGUUCAUGUGAGCGGCCCGAGGCGAGGAGGGACCACGGCCCGGGCUCGCUCUGGCAGGGGGGAGCCGGUGUCCGCUGGGCUCCCCGUGCCUGCCCGACGCUGGCAGGGGGCAGAGAGCAGUGGUGGGGCCCAGCGAGAGCGGGGCGCUGUCUGCCACUCUGGUCACCCAGCAAGGGUGGCUCUUCUUCCGCGCCCUCCCUCCGUGGUGGAUGUGCAGCCUCUCCUCUCCCUGUGCUGGGCAGAGCCGAGUCCUGCCGCUCCAAGCGCUUCUUGGGAUCGUUCCUUGCAAAACCACCCCUGUAGCUGAUGGCUCCAGGAGGAGCCGUAGGUUGUCCUGCUUCUCUGCCCUCCCUGGGCUGGACGGCUCUGUGCCGUGCCCGGCAGCUCCAUGCUCGCCCCAGGGGGCCUGGCCGGGGCGGCACAGAGACACCCACUGGGCAGGGGCACGGCACCGGGAGGGGAGGGUGGUGGGGAGCUGUGUGGGACCUGUCCGCAUGGCCCUGCUGUGCCCAGGACACGUGCACGUGUGUGCUGAGAGCAUGUCCUUCCUCCUAAUAAACCACUGUGAGAACCCGUG